ACGUGACUUUUGUGGAGCUUAGGACCGCGGAAAUGUAGAAGCGUCACAUGCGUCGGUUCGUAACUUCACCAUGGCGACGCGCGGAGGGUUCGGCUGGCUCUGCGUCUGGUACCUGUGCGCAUUGCUGGACGUGGCUUCUCUGCAGGGGUCCGGGGGUAUGCUGUACCCCCGGGAGACCUCGUCCAGAGAGGUGAAAGAGCUGACCGGAGUGUGGAGCUUCAGAGCGGACAUGUCUGCCAAUAGGAAUGAGGGUUUUGACGGGGCAUGGUACAAAAGUCCACUGGCCACUACUGGUCCUGUCCUUGAAAUGCCAGUUCCUGCCAGCUACAAUGAUAUAACCCAGGACUCCAUGCUGAGAGACUUCAUAGGAUGGGUGUGGUAUGAGCGAGAGGUGCAAGUGCCAUCCCGCUGGGUUAAAGAUGAAGGAACACGAGUGGUGCUCCGUGUUGGAAGUGCUCAUUAUUAUUCAGUUGUGUGGGUGAAUGGAAUCCAGGUUGCGGAGCAUGAAGGCGGCCAUCUUCCCUUUGAGGCUGAUAUUGGGGGUGUGAUCAGAGAGGACCCGACUGUGCCCUGCAGGAUCACCAUCGCUGUGAAUAACACUCUCACACUAACAAGUCUUCCUCCGGGCACAAUCACACACAUGAAUGACCGCACUAAAUAUCCUGGCGGGUAUUUUGUUCAAAACAUUUUCUUUGAUUUUUUUAACUAUGCUGGAAUUCAUCGUCCUGUGCUGCUCUACACUACGCCAAAGGUUUAUGUUGAUGACAUCACUGUGUUUACUGACUUUGCAGACAGCACUGGUUUAGUUAAAUACAAGGUGUCUGUGAAGGGUGCGUCCUCGGCUAACCUGAAGGUCACUCUGAUGGACAAAGAUGGUCACUGCGUCGCCACGUCCAGUGGGCCAUCUGGAGUGCUCAAAGUGGCCGACGUCAUGCUGUGGUGGCCAUACCUGAUGCAUGAUAAUCCAGGAUACCUUUAUUCUAUGGAGGUUCAGUUGUCUGCAUCAGAUGGACAGUCUACAUUUGAGGAUGUGUAUGCAUUACCUGUUGGCAUUCGCACUGUGAAUGUUACCAGGACACAAUUCCUUAUUAACAACAAGCCUUUUUACUUUCAUGGAGUCAACAAGCACGAGGACUCUGAUAUUCGAGGCAAAGGCUUGGACUGGCCCCUUAUCGUCAAAGACUUUAAUUUGAUAAAGUGGUUAGGAGCCAAUUCAUUCCGAACCAGUCACUACCCGUACGCAGAGGAGAUCAUGCAAAUGUGUGACCGCCAUGGAAUCGUGGUAAUAGACGAGUGUCCAGGAGUUGGCAUUAAAGACAUCCGAAGUUUUGGGAAUGCUUCUCUAGCCCAUCACCUUUCCGUCAUGGAUGAACUUGUAGGUCGAGACAAAAACCACCCAUCUGUGGUCAUGUGGUCUGUGGCCAAUGAGCCGGCUGCAGAGAUGCCUCCUGCUGAUUAUUAUUUCAGCACAUUAAUAAAGCACACCAAAAUGCUGGACCCAUCCCGCCCUGUUACAUUCAUCACUGACAGUAACUAUGCCAGAGACAAAGGGGCCCCAUAUGUAGACGUCAUCUGUGUAAACAGCUACUUCUCCUGGUACCACGAUCCAGGACAUAUGGAGGUGAUUCCCAUCCAACUCAAAACACAAUUUGAAAACUGGUUUGGGAAAUACAAGAAGCCCAUCAUCCAGAGUGAAUAUGGAGCAGACGCAGUUCCAGGACUUCACAGUGAUCCUCCCAUGAUGUUUACAGAGGAGUACCAGAAGAAUGUGCUACAGAGUUAUCACAGUGUGUUUGAUGAGAAGAGGAAACAAUACGUGAUCGGAGAACUCAUCUGGAACUUUGCAGAUUUCAUGACUGCUCAAGGCAUCACUCGAGUGGUGGGGAAUAAAAAGGGGAUCUUCACCCGACAGAGACAGCCCAAAUCAGCAGCUUUCAUCCUGAGGGAGAGGUACUGGAGGUUGGCAAAUGCAACAGGAAAGUUACCUCCAUGGACCAGAUACCCCUGCUCCCUAUGAUCUGGCCUGUGAUCUGAUAUGUAUGUACUGAGCCCAGAGCAUUGCUGCCAGUGUUUUAUUAUUGUGAGACACUUCUGCAGCGCCUUAUAAAGAGCUCAUUUUCACAUGUCACAUUUGCAUACAUAGAUAUUGUGUGAAGAGGCUUGAAUAGCCAUCAUAAAUAUUUUUACUGUAUCCGGUUAUCAAGAUAAGACGUCAUCACAUUCCUGUGGCCUCCUAAAGAACAUUCCUGUUGAAUAUCAUUUUUAUAUUACAAUUUAGUUUCAUAAUUUGUGUGGCUUAUGCACUAAAGUCUGUUGUAUGUGCAUAUUAUUGUUAGUACUCUUUUUAUAUGAGAGAAAAUGAGAAAUUACUUUUAAUAAUAAAUUGUUAAUAUGUUAUAAUUGGUUGUUUGUCUAAUAUUUAAGGAUUAAGGUAAACUUAAUUGCCCCAUUGACAAAUCUGUUUUCUGCCUUUGAAUGUCCUUCAAUGCCACUGAGGCAACCAAUCAGGAGCAGAGGGCAACUGAGAUGUAGCACCCAGGGACAAAUCCAGAUCUUGACCUAGGCUUGGUCAGAACUACCUUAACUGGUAGAUUUUACUAGGUGCAGGUUUUGGGUUGAUGGGGGAAACUGAAGUGUCCAGAGGAAAGCCACCCAGACCUAGAGAGCAAUUUCAUCUAGAUUAGGACUGAAUUUUGACAAUUGGACAUGGGUAAAUAGGUCUUAUGAGUGACUGCAAUCUUAUCCCCUUUAUCUGUAACUUGACUUUUUGUCUUCUCACCUGAUAGACCUUUGAGCUGCAACUGGACAUAACUAAAGUGUCAUACAGUAUCACUCACAUACAUUAGAUCUCAUGAUCUCUCAACUGAAGAAAACAAAUUGUUGUAUCUUAGCAUUAUAAAUAUUUUAUGUAAAUUCUAUUCAUUUUUCUAAUCUUCAACUCAAAUACUUUAGUAUUAAAUUUAUGAGCUGCUUUUCCUGCUGAUCCAUUUCAACCAGUCAUCCAGAGUUGUCAUUUGCGAGACUUAAUUAGCGUGUUUCGUUUUAAGUUUGUAGAUCUUGUUUACUCCAGGGCUCUAAUUAUUGGUUGCUUUUUGCCUCAAGGCUGUAAUCUUAUACUUGCUUUUACUGUAUACAUUAUUGAGCCACAUAAAAGUCGUUCCAUUAUAUUUUUGCAUAUAGAUUUUUCAUUUGGCAGGAAAAUCAGGAUUUUAUUAA